AUGGCUCUGAGUGGCAACUGCAGGACUUACCUUCCUCCUCGAGAGCAGGGGACUGGGCUGCACUCCUUCCCGGAGGUAGUGGAGCUAAACGUGGGCGGCCAGGUUUACUUCACUCGCCACUCCACCUUGGUUGGCACCCCUCACUCCCUGCUGUGGAAAAUGUUCACCCCAAAGAGAGACACAGCCAACGAUCUGGCCAAGGACUCCAAGGGAAGAUUCUUCAUCGACAGAGAUGGUUUCCUUUUCCGCUACAUUCUGGACUAUCUCAGGGACAAGCAAGUGGUUCUGCCCGACCACUUCCCAGAGAAGGGAAGGCUCAAGAGGGAGGCUGAGUACUUCCAGCUCCCGGACUUGGUCAAACUCCUGACUCCCGAUGACAACAAGCAAAGCCCCGACGAUUAUUGCCACAGCGACUAUGAAGAGGUCUCCCAAGGCAGUGACACGAGAAUAUGCCCACCCUCAUCGCUCUUACCGCCUGAUCGGAAGUGGGGAUUCAUUACCAUCGGGUACCGGGGGUCGUGCACUAUUGGCAGGGAGAGCCAAGCAGAUGCCAAAUUCAGGAGGGUCCCAAGGAUUUUGGUUUGUGGAAGGAUUGCUCUGGUCAAAGAGGUCUUUGGAGAAAGUUUGAAUGAAAGCAGAGACCCAGACAGGGCUCCAGAAAGGUACACCUCCAGGUUUUAUCUCAAGUUCAAGCACCUGGAGAGGGCUUUCGACAUGUUGUCCGAGUGUGGAUUCCACAUGGUGGCCUGUAACUCCUCGGUGACGGCUUCCUUUGUCAACCAGUACACAGACGACAAGGUCUGGUCCAGCUACACUGAAUAUGUCUUCUACCGUGAGCCCUCCCGGUGGUCCUCGUCCCACUGCGACUGCUGCUGCAAGAACGGCAAAGGCGACAAGGAGGGCGAGAGCGGCACGUCGUGCAACGAGCUGUCGACGUCGAGCUGCGACAGCCAGUCGGAGGCCAGCUCCCCCCAGGAGACCGUCAUCUGCGGCCCCGUCACCCGCCAGCCCAACAUACAGACUCUGGACCGGCCGGCCAAGAAGGGGCCGGUGCAGCUGCUGCAGCAGUCCGAGAUCCGGAGGAAGAGCGACCUGCUCCGGACUCUCACCUCCAGCUCCCGGGAGUCCAACUCCAGCAAGAAAAAAGCAGUGAAGGAGAAGCUUUCCAUUGAGGAGGAGCUAGAAAAAUGUAUCCAGGAUUUCCUCAAAAUCAAAAUCCCAGACAGGUUUCCAGAAAGGAAACAUCCCUGGCAAUCCGAACUGCUGCGGAAGUACCACCUAUAG